CUCUUUCCCUGACUACCCUGACUCAAGUAGAUCUGACUAAAAGUGUUGUUACCAUGACUACCCUGACUCAAGUAGGUCUAACUAAAAGUGCUGUUUCCCUGACUACCCUGACUCAAGUAGGUCUGACUAAAAGUGCUGUUUCCAUGACUACCCUGACUCAAGUAGGUCUAACUAAAAGUGCUGUUUCCAUGACUACCCUGACUCAAGUUGGUCUGACUAAAAGUGCUGUUUCCAUGACUACCCUGACUCAAGUAGUUCUGACUAAAAGCUCAUAGUAUAGAAUGUUCUUAGCUGUCACCUGUGUGUAGCCUCAUUUUAAUAAUGAAUCCCCCUAUCAACAUGUGUUUCAUACCCGUUUCUUCUCAGGGCAAAGUGAAAGUCUUAACACAUUUCCAUUGUCCUUCCAGACUCCAAUAACUCCAGUCGACAGGAGUGCAUCCAGACACCUAGCCCAUUCCUCCAGAGUGUCACCCAACCAGCACGCCAGUCAUAGCAGACGGACGGUGAGACCAGUGGUCGGCAGAUCCAAACCAAAUGAGCGAGCGGUCGCAGCAGAAGAUAAACACGGAGCAGAACAGGGGGACUGUUAGUGUGAUCCAGGGCCGGGCUAGCGGAGCAACAACAUCAGGACCACCAGGAGGAAGCUUACAGCGGGUACCCCAGCUAGUCCCUGUGACCCCAGCCGGAGGAGGAGGAGGAGGAGGAGGCAAGGCCACCCCACCACCCAGCAAGAUGAAGAAGACGUCGGGGGACAAGGACAGUGACGAGUACCGUCAGCGGCGGGAACACAACCUGGCGUUGAAGAAGAGCAGGAUGAGAUCUAAGCAGAAGGCGCAGGACACGCAGCAACGUGUUAACGAGCUGAAAGAGGAGAACGAGAGGCUGGAAGCUAAGAUCAAGCUGCUCAGCAAAGAGCUGUCUGUCCUCAAGGACCUCUUCCGACACGCCCACAACCUGGCCGACAACGUCCAAGCGCCUGGCGCGGAGGGGGCCAGCCCCGCCCACAACAACAACAACAACAACAUGGGGCGUGUAACAACAAUAACAACAGCCAAUGAGAAGAGGGCAGGGACAUGAAAAUAUGAUACCUCAUUGUGUUGUCUCCCAAAUGGCACCCUAUUCCCCAUAGGGCUCUGGUCUAAAGUAGUGCACUACAUAGGGAAUAGGGUGCCAU